AUGCUUGUUGAGGAACCGCCAGUGUGUCCUCGUUGCGCCGACGAGGCAGCAUCAGUGGCAAAGCUUGAGCAACAUGUCAGGAGACCCAGCAAGAAUUCAGGAGGCGCAAGAAACCCGAAAACAUUAUUAGACGGAACUUCCGAGAGGGUCUCACUGGCAGACCCUUUGAACCCAGACGCCAACAAGAUUGGGAGGUCAAGAAAUGGGCAGAGAAUGCCUCCUGUAUGGAUGGCCUUGCUGCCUUCCAACCGAGCUUCGAUACCGACUCCGGCCGAAGGCCCAGGACCUCCAACCAAGAUGGUCCCUUCAGCCAGGGAUUGCACAGCACCUUCGACGCCCUUCGUGACGCCGCCGCAUUCACCCAAAACCCGACACAGAGACUCUUUCUUAAGAACUCCACCAUUAGUAUCUAUCAAGGACAUGGCGACCCGCACGCCACAGGCCUCGCCAGAUUCAAUCAUGACGCACCAAAUGCACACGAUAGAGGAGACCUCUGUAGGCUCAUCAGACCAAGAAGGGCUUGAUAUCACAGCGUCGAAACAAUCGAGCAUCUCUCAGUCUCCAAACUCGUUGACUCGGGCGUCCAGUGGCUCUAAAGCAUCCCAACCAGGCGCUAUCAACCGGAUACGGAGGAGCUUCUCGAUUUCCAGAGGGAUCAACAAUCUGAGAAGGUCCUCCACCACCAAAUCAGUCGCAGAUCCUACAGGCUCCCGGGGUUUGCCAGAGUCGCGCACAUCAACACCUGCAAUUGACGUGGCGCCUGAGAAGUCUGCCUUUCUCAAGGAACUCUCAGAUUUCUUCCUUCCACGUGCGAAGAAGGGAAAGAUGAUACUGCCGAGCCGAGUCGGUGGCGGCCACAGCAGCACAAAGAUCCAUGAAUGUCCACCAAGCACGCCCGGUACAAGUGGAUUGGAGACAUCUUGUGGGAGGUGUGGAGUGGACACGUCAGAUUGGUGGGUAAGAAGGGAGUCUAUUGUUCACAGCCAAGAUGACCAUAGAGGGCAUGGCGACCGAACUUGUGAAUCCUGUAAAGCCGCCGAAACAAUGCCUGGGACAAUGCCAGGUGGUUGGGACUAG